GGUUUUGACAAGUUUAGCCGCUGCCCAUACUUAAACCCUUGAAUCUCAUAGUUUUUACGCUCAAAUCUCAACAAUGGAGAAUACAGGGCCGCCAUCAACAACAAACUCAAAGGUUUCAACCCCAUCUAUCGAAAAAGCUGUUGAAGCUCUUCUCAAAUGGAAAAAUUCUUCUAAAUCCCAAUCAGAAAAACCCCAACUUCUUCCAUCUGAUGAAUUUCUUUACUUGGUUCUUACUCUCAACAAAAUUCCCCCAAAAAACCGCACAAACGCUCACAAAAUCACUCUCCCAAACCCUAUCUACACACCUGAAACCUCUGAGUUUUGCUUAUUUGUUCAUGACAGUAUCUCUAAACAAGCUAAACAGAAGGUAGAAGAAGGAGGAAUCCCAGUUUCAAAGGUAAUUAAACUUUCAAAAUUGAAGAAAGAUUACAAAGCAUUUGAACAAAAGAGGAAACUUUGUGAUUCAUAUGACUUGUUUUUCGCUGAUAAGAGGAUUAUCCCACUUCUUCCUAAUGCUAUUGGGAAGCAAUUUUAUAGGAAGAAGAAGAUCCCAGUCCCUAUUGAGUUGGGUAGGAAUAGUUGGAAAGAACAGAUUGAGAAGGUAUGUAGCUCUGCAAUGUUAUAUUUGAGUACUGGCACUUGUUGUGUAAUUAAAGUUGCAAAAGCUUCAAUGGAAAAGGAUGAGAUGAUUGAGAAUGUUGCUGCUGCUAUUAAUGGGAUUGCUGAAAUUGUUCCUAAGAAAUGGGCCAAUGUGAGAGCUUUUCAUUUAAAGUUUUCUGAAUCUUUAGCUUUGCCCAUUUAUCAGAAAGUGCCUGAAUUAGGGUUAAAGAUUAGUGGGUUGAUUGCUGAAAGUGAUGUAAAUAUUAAAAAGAAGAAGAUUGUUUCGACGAAUAAGGAAAAGGUAAAAGAGAAGGUUGGUACGAAGAAGGGGAGAAUUCAUGAGGUGAUGUAUAUGGAUAAUGAAGAUGCUGAUGCAAUGGUGGAUCAGGAUGAAUCUGAGAAUGAAAAGGAUGAAAAUGAUGAAGUGGGUAAAGACGAAAUUGUUAGCAAAAAGAGAAAGAAGGAAGAGGGGAAGGUGAAGAAAGGAGUUAAAGGUUUGAAAGAGAAGAAAAGCAAGGUUUUGCAAAAGUCUAACACUGAGAAGAAAUCAAAGAAAAGCAAGAAUUUGGUAUAAAUUUUCACUAAAUUGCGAUUAUUUUCAUAUUUGAAUUCAGUUGUGUUUUUCACUAUUGGUCAUAGAAAGGGUUUGGUGUUCUACACAUUUGGAUCUAUCCUUAGAAGUUUCUAGUUAAUUGGAGAUUUGGUUCAAGAGAAAAGAACAAUUAUUGAGGAAGUUUAAAUUUGGUAGUUUGAUCUUCAUGCUUUAAACAUUAGUUAUCUCUACAUUUUAGUAGUUUUAUUUUAAUAUAUGCAGCUUUCUUUUCGUCUAUGCACCUUACUUCUGAUUAUUGUGAGUUUCAAACUAAGUUAUUUUGUAUGUGAAUGCCCCCUUAAUCCCUUUAUUUGGUGGA